AUGGACCUCAAAAAAUUCCUUUUCGAAAAUGAGUCUGUGGUUGGAAUCAAUACACCAUCGCAAUACAUCUACAUCAAAAUAGUGAGAUUUAUGUUGGUGAUCGUCGGCUCCUGGCCUAGAAGAGAGAUGGGAGAACCAGAGCCAAGACAUCAGACCAUUAUGAUAAACUCAUUCUUCUUUUGUGUAGUCAAUGCUGCGUUAUACGGGUCCAUUUCCUACGUAUGUAUGCAUACAAGUGAAUUAUCUUUUUUGGAAGUCGGACAUAUGUAUAUCGUGAUUCUAAUGAGUGCUAUUGAUAUGUCAAGAGUAUUUACUCUAACAUACUCUCAGAGGUACCGGGACCUGGCUAAAGAGUUCCUCACGAAGAUACAUUUGUUCUUCUUCAAAGAUCGAUCCCCUUAUGCGAUGCUGACUCACAAGAAAGUCCACCUAAUAUGUCAUCUGUUCUCUCUCUGCUUACUAUCACAGAUGUUAACCGGUCUAUCUCUAUUCAACCUCAUACCCAUGUACACGAACUACGCCUCAGGGAGGUACAGUACUGGUGGCACUCAGAACUCAACGUUUGAACACUCUCUAUAUUUCCCCUACCCAUUUAAUACAUCUAGUGAUAUGAAUGGGUAUGUCGUUGCUUGUAUUUUGCAUUGGUUAUUGUCAUAUUUCUGCUCAACGUGGUUCUGUAUGUUUGAUCUCUUUCUCUCAAUAAUGGUGUUCCAUCUUUGGGGUCAUUUCAAAAUACUAAUCAAUAGCCUGAACAAUUUCCCUAAACCUAGCGCUGAAACUCGCUGCGAAUUAGAAAAAGGUUUUAUUAUAAAUGCCGAUAAAUAUUCCAAAGAAGAGCUCGUUGAAGUUUCUCAGAAGCUGAAAGAAUGUAUCGAUUAUCAUCGAGAGAUAGUUCAAUUUACAAAUGCAAUGUCAGACGUGUUUGGACCCAUGUUGUUCUGCUACUACAUAUUCCACCAGACAAGCGGCUGUUUACUUCUACUGGAGUGUUCGCAAAUGACUGCACAAGCUCUAAUUCGGUAUGUGCCACUGACAAUAAUACUGACACAGCAAUUAAUUCAAUUGUCAGUCAUUUUUGAACUGGUCGGCAGUGAGAGUGAGAAAUUAAAAGAUGCUGUUUAUGGUGUACCAUGGGAAUGCAUGGAUGCAAAUAACAGGAAAGUAGUUGCAUUCUUUCUAAUGAAUGUGCAGGAGCCUGUCCACAUAAAGGCUUUGGGUGUUGCUAAUGUUGGCGUCACUUCUAUGGCCGCGAUCUUGAAGACUUCAAUGUCAUACUUCACCUUCUUGCGAAGCAUGUGAAUAUGCCUACGCUUUUAAUAACGUAACGUCACGCCUUUUUAUCCCCAACGGGGUAGGCAGAGGUGCAGAUUAAGGCACGUAAUGCCACUGUACAAUAUGCACCCACUUCUCACCAUUUGCGUCAUAAGUCCCAUGUAAUAG